AUGUCCGUAUCAGCAUUCAUGCCAAUACCUCCGGGGACCAGCUUGGAAGGAAAGACAGUUCUCAUCACCGGGGCCACCUCUGGCCUUGGCCUUGAAUUCGCGCGUCAAGCGUUACACUUGAGCGCCUCUCGUGUCAUUAUCACGGCUCGCUCACAGGAGAAAGCGAAUGCUGCUCUCGCAACCCUUCGGGCUGACUGCCAGCUUGAGGGUAUGAGCCUCGGGGACAGAUUGCAUAGUCUUCUUCUGGAACUAGAUGAUUAUGACUCUGGUAUGAACCUCGUGCAAAAUGUGUAUGCAAAAUACUCUGAACUUGACAUUCUCCUCUGCAAUGGUGGCACGAACAGUUUUGAGUUUCAGAUCAGCAAAAGUGGACAUGAGCGACUGAUGCAAGUGCACUGUUACACACACUUUCUCAUUGUCCUCAGCUUGAUGCCUCUGCUUCGCCAGACGGCGGCAUUACGGGGUACACCCACAAGAGUGACUUUUGUGAGCUCGUAUAGCCACGCAGAUCACACACUUGAGACCAAUCCUAUUGCUCCUGAUGAAUCAGUGAUAAGCCAUUUUGACAACAGCCAAACUCCAUUUCGGGGAACACGAUACCAGGAUGCCAAGUUGGUCGUAACUGCUUAUGUACAGUUUCUCGCAACGCGACUGUUGCCUUCGCAGGUCAUCGUCAACUGUGUUUGCCCGGGAAUAGUUGCAACAAACAUCACCAGUCAACUACCGUUGUGGGUUCGAUUAAUUCUAUAUGUGUACUUCAAGCUCAAGGCGCGACCAGUUGGCGAAGGAGUACGGGUUUUAAUUUACGCCGCGGUCAUUGUCGGCGCGGAAAGUCAUGGUAAAUUCGUGAAGGCGAGCGAGAUGGAUAGUGGUGCAACUUUUUUGUCUCAACCGGCAGGCAGUCAAUUUAUUGCAAAGCUCGGGGCCGAAAUCAUGAUCGAAAUGUCGAGGAUCAAUCCCGAGUUGCAGAACGCCUUUGGGGAGCAUGGAAACUCCCCCUUACAACCCUCAAGGGCAAGCUGCAAGACAGAAAAUGUUGUGAUGUUAUGA